UUAAUGGCGGUUUUAAUUAGAUCUUAUUGGAGUGGAGAAGGGCGUUUGUUUUGGCGGAGCGAAAAAAGUCGGCUUCGAUUCACGGAUUUUCAAACCAUUUUCAGAUCAAUAAAGCAAAGAAGAACCAGAAGCAAGCAAGCAAGCAAUCAAUCGCCAUUGCUCAUCGCCCUUCACAUUUUUCAGACCUUACUUUUUCAAAAAGCCCCAAAUUCAGCUUUCCCGAACACCCUUUUCCCAGUUCUCCCAUGACGCUUCUCCGAAUAUAGCAUUUCUUUUGAAAUCAGUAACUUGAAACCAACACUUCCCCUGGUUGCUUAUUCCUUUGAAGGCGAUUCUGGGUUUUUUUCCAUUUCCCAAAAUGGCUACUAAAGAGUCCAGCUCUGCGGCUGCCACUGAGGGGAAGAUUAAAGGGGUUCUUACCCAUGGCGGCCGAUAUGUUCAGUAUAAUGUUUAUGGUAACUUGUUUGAGGUUUCUGCUAAGUAUGUUCCUCCUUUGCGACCCAUUGGUAGAGGUGCUUAUGGUCUUGUUUGUGCUGCUGUAAAUUCUGAGACACAUGAAGAGGUUGCCAUCAAGAAAAUUGGGAAUGCUUUUGAUAACAUAAUCGAUGCCAAGAGGACAUUGAGAGAAAUUAAGCUUCUUUGCCACAUGGAACAUGAAAAUAUUAUAGCCAUCAGAGACAUCAUUCGGCCACCAAAAAGAGAGGUUUUUAAUGAUGUUUAUAUCGUUUACGAAUUGAUGGACACUGAUCUUCAUCAAAUAAUUCGUUCUGACCAAUCACUGACCGACGAUCAUUGCCAGUACUUUUUGUAUCAGUUAUUGCGUGGGCUGAAGUAUGUACAUUCAGCCAAGGUCCUGCACCGUGAUCUCAAGCCAAGCAACCUGCUUCUGAAUGCAAAUUGCGACCUUAAAAUUGGCGAUUUUGGAUUAGCAAGAACGACUUCUGAAACCGACUUCAUGACUGAAUAUGUGGUUACUCGUUGGUACCGAGCACCGGAAUUGCUGCUCAAUUGUUCGGAGUACACUGCUGCUAUCGAUGUUUGGUCUGUCGGAUGCAUUCUUGGUGAGAUCAUGACCAGAGAACCUCUCUUCCCUGGAAAAGAUUAUGUUCAUCAACUCAGACUUAUAACUGAGCUACUAGGAUCACCGGAUGACGCCAGCCUAGGAUUUCUCCGAAGCGAUAAUGCUCGAAGAUACGUCAAGCAGCUUCCACAGUACAGGAAACAACAAUUCUCAGCUAGAUUUCCCAACAUGUCUCCAGCUGCUCUUGAUCUUCUAGAAAAGAUGCUCGUAUUCGAUCCAAACAAACGCAUUACAGUGGAGGAGGCACUUUGUCAUCCAUACUUGCAAUCUCUUCACGACAUCAACGACGAGCCACUCUGUGUCAGGCCCUUCAGUUUCGAUUUCGAGCAACCGUCGUGCACUGAAGAGCAUAUUAAAGAACUCAUCUGGAAAGAAUCCGUUCGGUUCAACCCCGACGAAUCAGGCAGAAGGACGACUCUUUGCGUCUAAGGUGAUCUAGAUGCUGGAAACUGAACACUUGUUUUCUUUUCCCUGAAUAGGAUUUACUGUCAUGAUCAAGUAGAUAAGAACAGCAGUAAAACUUGUAUGGUUACCCAUAUGAAUGAACGAAUUCGAAGAAACUAAGAACGAAAGACCCGAAAAACGAAUCGAAAAAUGGAGCAGAGUAUUAGGUAUUGGGAGAUUUUGGAGCAAAGAUUGUGGAUGCUUGUACUUUCCAUGGAUCUCAAUGAACUUAUGAAAUAAAUUGAAGGGUGUAUUGUUAUAGAUA